UGAUGGCUCCAGGGGUGACGAAUCUCACGGCCGUGACAGAAUUCGUGCUCCUGGGGUUCCCCACCCAGGGGACCAUGGGCUUCCUGCACCCGCUGCUCUUCUCCCUGGUCUACCUGUGCGCCCUGCUGGGGAACGGGCUCAUCGUCCUCAUCACCACCCUGGACCGGCACCUCCACACCCCCAUGUACUUCUUCCUGAGGAAUCUCUCCUUCUCGGACCUCUGCCUCAUCUCAGCCACGGUCCCCAAGUCCAUUGUCAACUCUCUGAGGCACAGCAGCUCCAUCUCCUUCCCAGGCUGUGUCGUCCAGGUCUUCAUGCUGGUUAUUUCAGGUGCUGCAGAGUUUCACAUCCUUGUGGCAAUGAGCCUUGACCGAUAUGCUGCCAUCUGCCACCCCCUGCACUAUGACGUCCUCAUGAGCAGGGACAGGUGUGUGCAGCUGACAGCUGUGUCCUGGCUGGGUGGGGGUCUCUAUGCUGUGAUGAACACAGCUGGAACCUUCUCCUUGUCCUACUGUGGGUCCAACGUGGUCCACCAGUUCUUCUGUGACAUCCCCCAGUUAUUGGCUAUUUCCUGCUCAGGAAAUUUAAUGAAUGAGCUUAUACCCAUUCUCAUCGAUAUGGUAUUAAUAAUCUGCUGUUUUAUUUUCAUCGUCAUUUCCUAUGUCCACAUCUUCUCUGCUGUCAGGAAGAUCCCAUCCACAGAAGGGAAGGCCAAGGCCUACUCCACCUGCCUUCCCCACCUGCUGGUUGUGGUGCUGUAUCUCUUCACUGGAUUCUUUGCUUAUCUGAAGCCGACCUCAGGGACCCCGUCCAUGUCUGACCUGGUCAUUUCUAUGUUCUACACGGUGGUACCCCCCACCUUUAAUCCCAUCAUCUACAGUCUGAGGAACCAAGCCAUGAAGUCGGCUGUGGGGAGACUGAUGAAGGGGAGACUCACCAAGGAGUAA